CUCUCUCUCUCUCUCUCUCUCUCUCUCUCGCUCUCCUUUUUUUCUUGUCGCACGAGUUAUGGUGGCGGUGUAAACAAUAACUAUGCAGGCUUACCGUACUUGUAAAACGAGAGGACGUGGUGUGUCAGCUUCAUUCCAACCUGAUCUGGCCUAUAACAACGUGUUAAGGCUGUCUCUGGAGGAUAUACCUAUUGGAAAUUUACGAUCUGUUUCUUCAUUACCUUGUUGGUAAUGGCAGCCAUGCCUGAACUUGUACGGGUGAAGGACUCGGAUUUGCCGCGGUUACGGGACUGGCUGGCCUCUCAUCUGCCUCAUUCUUGGAAGGUUCCUGAAUUCGUCACAAGUCCACGAAUGAUGAGCAUCUUUUCCCCUAACACAGAACACGCCGAGACCCUGCUUACGUCGCCCGGAUUCAUAGACUGGACUCAGAUCUGCUUUUUCAAAGCGGUCCCAGAGCCAGUGUUUGACGCUGUCCUGAGAGUAAUCGAAAGAAAGGGAGGCCCGCCCCCUGAGACUCAGACUAAACAAGUGGCCACUGCACAGAAAGAAGAUCUACGUCUUAUAGAGCCACCUGAGGGAUAUACCGUCCGAAGUCUCGACCCAGAUCAAGACUUGGAACUGGUCCAAGAGCCGUACCGGAAACGGAAACCCUUCGCGGAGGAUCACAUUCGAGAACUGAUAAGAGCAUUUCCUUCGACUGGUUUGUUUGACAGUCGCGGCGAGUGUGUCGGGGUGGAGCUGGGAUCAGAACAUGGGUUUCUUACACGGCUCCACGUCAAUCCCAGCAUGAGGGGGCGUGGUCUGUCAAAGGUCAUAGUAUCCCAGCAGGCAAAGAAGUACCAAGACGACGGCUUGCCAGUGGUAACAGUGAUUUUGGUGGACAACGUCAGAUCUCUGAAGCUCCACUCUUCCCUGGGAUUCAAACACGUGUGCAAACUAUACGAAAUUUUGUAUCUUCCAGAUGAUUCAGCACAGAGUAAUGAACUUCGGUCUAAAUAUCAUCAUUUGUGAGAGUCCCUCAAUGCCAAUGAACACAUCACAAUGUAUUAUUAGCGCGAAGCUUGGUGGCCUCCAGAAAUGUGGGGUACAUAAUGUUUAUACGACUAAAUGUAAUUGUCCUUGUACCAUGACGAUGAUACAAGUAAAACAUACUAUAUUAUA